UGUGGACGGGGACUCUUAUUCUGAAGUGUCUGUGGGUGCUAGUCUGAUAGCGGAAGUUCGUGCCGCUGGUAGCUGCAGUUCAGGCGGAUCCCGUCAGUGUCUGAUCACAAACUUUCUGUCAAACCCGAAAAACACACGGAACCCGGUGACAUGGGGGAUAAGGAGUUGAUGUGGGCCUUGAAGAAUGGAGAUCUGGAUGAGGUGAAGGCUUUGUUGGUGAAGGCUGAGGAUGUGAACAGGACUCUUGAAGGAGGCCGGAAGCCGCUUCAUUAUGCUGCCGACUGCGGUCAGACUGAGAUUUUGGAGUUUCUGCUGUCUAAAGGAGCCGAUGUGAAUGCUCCAGAUAAACACGGCAUCACCCCACUGCUGUCCGCCACUUACGAGGGUCACGUGAGCUGCGUGAAGAUUCUUCUAGAAAAGGGUGCCGAUAAGGAACGGAAAGGUCCUGAUGGUCUCAGCGCGUUCGAGGCGGCCGAGAGCGAGGCCAUCAAAGAUCUACUGAAGUGAGUCGGACGCUGCCGGCAGCGGAGAGGUUCAGACCGCAACCACUGGAUCCAGCAAACACAAACACACUUACACACACACACACCUCUCUGUCUCUGCCCAUUGGCUGCUCCUCUAGGUUUCCUUUUGUUUUGUUUUCCUCCAUGACCUUUUUAUUUGAUUUGGGGGAGGUGCUUAAUUUCCCCUCUAGUUGAUCAGAGUCAGCCAUCGGCUGACGGACCUGUCACUCAUGCCUCCCAUAAGGACCAAUGGGAACGCCUGUCUAACACCACUAAACACGGACUUUAGAGUUCAGACUACAGCGAGUGAGCGAGUGUAUGAUUACGACGACGAUGAUGAUGAUAAUGUGUACUUUUUUUUUUCAGACUGUUAAUUAGAAAUGAGUGGUUUGUAUAGUUCAUAGGGCUCCGAAAACCUUCUAGCUGAUGAAUUUCCCUGCACUCCUGCCCGACGUUUCCCUCCCUCAGCUCGACGACAUUCCCGUCGCAUUAGAUGCUCAAAGAACAAAUAUUACAGACGCUUGAAUCGUUCUGCUGACGCGCACGUUUGCUUUUGUGCCCCUUUAAAUUUGUGGUGUUGUGGCAAAAAUAAAUGAAUUCUCAGCUGCUGUGCGCUUGUAGAGUGUUAAAGCUGAUGAAGGGACGCCUGUCUCUCUCUCCAGCAGGACGUGUCUUACUCCUCCGUCUAGGGGACACGUCUCACUCCUGAGGCGUCACCCUUUCCAGGCUAUCUCACUCUUUUAGGCCGUCUCUCUCUCUCUCUUUCUGCAUGAUGGUGUUUUAGCUUUUCAAUACAGUCUUGAACUGAAAUUCACAUCGAUUAGCAAAUGAACAUUUUAAAAAUCCAUAUCUGGCAUUGUUGUGAAAAAGUCCGUUUGAAAACAAAUAAAACGAUUUCAAAUGA